AUGUCGGCUCAGCUGGAGAAGAAGGUUCUUACCCCUGGCGACGGCGUCACAAAGCCCCAGGCGGGGAAGAAGGUCACAGUUCAUUACGAUGGCCGUUUUCCCGACGGCAAGCAGUUUGACUCUUCGCGCAGCCGUGGGAAACCCUUUCAAUUUACUCUUGGGGCCGGGGAGGUUAUCAAGGGAUGGGAUCAAGGUGUUGCUACCAUGACUCUGGGGGAGAAGGCUCUUUUUACAAUUCCCUACCAGCUUGCAUAUGGGGAGCGCGGCUAUCCCCCCGUGAUUCCACCUAAGGCCACGCUGGUCUUUGAGGUAGAGCUUCUCGCUGUCUAG